GAGCGACGGACUUGGUUCAGAAAAAAAUGGCGUCCUCGCUGGUGUUACGUCUGCUUGUAUUGGCAACGACUUUUUCGCAGAUACAUGCACAGGCCGCCACCACUGGAAAUACAGCUUUCGAUGCUUUGGAUGGACUAGGAUGUAGUCAGUUCAAGGCCAUUAUCAUGGAGGCUCAGCUAGAAGAGACAUUCCGAAGCCCACAAGCCCUGACAUUGUUUGUGUUUAAUGACACAGCCUACGCCCUGAUGCCACCUUACAGGCUUGGCACUUUGUAUGACAAGACAAGUGGAAAUAAUUUAGGUGCUAAGGAAUAUGUCAACUCCUUUACAUUAACUGAAGCAGUUGAAACAUCUGCCUUUAGUGAUGCUAAUCCUAUCACGACAUAUUCUGUAAGGAACCGUAAAGUAUUUCUCAACAAAAGAGACCUCAGGAGUGGUAAUGUAGCCAGUGGUACCCCAGGCCCAACAAAAUAUUUCUGUAACGGAGGAAUGUUAAUCCGGCCCAACAUACAAGCUGGCCAGCACCUGAUUCACAUCAUAGACCAGGUUUUAGACAUGCCACUAGAGGACAAUGCCCUGGCUUAUGUGUCUGGCUACAACCCGUCUAAGUUAACGUAUUUAUUCUUCAGCAAGAUUAUGGAGUUUCUAAGAAAAGCCCCACAGGAAGAUGGAGAAUACAACUACAACAAACAGGUCCAACAAAUCCUUGCAGGCAAACAGGUGACGUUUUUCAUCCCGUCUGACGAGGCUUUGAACCUGAUCCCAUCACAGAAACUCAGUGAGCUACAGGGCAACACCAGGCUGAUGCUGGAGAUAAUCACCCUCCAUAUCGUCCCCAACCAAGUCCUGUACACAUCACUAGUUAACCACAAUGAGAGAUUCAACACACAGUUUAAUUCAGGGGCUGUUGUCUUCAGGAAAAACUUCAACAGGGAAGCAGUUUAUGUGACGGGUGCACUAAAAGGCGGCCGAACUGUAACAGCCAAACUUAACCCAGGCAACAGAACUGUUCUCAAUGGUGUUGUCCAUCAGAUUGAUGCCAUGCUGGGAUUUGUUUACAAGACUGCUAUUGAGGAGAUUCAGAUUGAUCCUAACACUCAAAACUUUGAGCAGCUGAUCUUUGCAGCAAGAAAAGAUCUACAGAACUACAUCACAGCCACCAGUGGUGUUGUUGUUUUUGUACCAACCAACCCAGCUAUGUACGCCAUCGCUAACGUCUACCAAAACUACAUCAACAACCAGUCAUUGAUCAACAUGGUUCUAGAGAUGAGCCUUCUACAACAAGGCCAGUCUAUAAACUUAAUGGAUUAUAACGGAGGAUAUGAAGCUUAUAAAACAGCUGUCUCAAGAUACAAUGGACGUCUGAUCAAGGUUUACAGUGAAGGGAAUGACACAUGGGUAGAAGGAGGAUAUGUGAAGGCCAGAGUGAUCAAACCUGACAUAGGUGUCACUAAUGGUGCGGUCCAUCAGAUUGAUGCAGUUUUUGGGAUUCCCACUCGGGAUAUUCCGUACACUGUUUUCUGUGAGGACUGGCUCGUGUCAACCUACAUCCAGCUAAAGUACGUAGGUCUGGACGCCUACAUGAGAGAUCCAACUCUGACCAGAAACCAGGACUGUGUGUUUAGUGCCAGUGCUGCUGCUGGUCAAGUCCCUCCUGCUGCUGGCACCUGGCAAACUAACACUGGACAAGCCAAUCAGAAUCAAAAUUUCUACGGAGGCUUGUGUGGCGAUGGUCUUCACAGAUGUGAGUUUACAUUUUUUGUACCAAAUGGAACUGCUAUUGACAACUUUGCAUUGACUGCUUAUGGACGACAAAUUAUGAAUGACCAGAGGAGAUGGAGAUGGCUCCUAAGAAGAUUAAUCACAUUCAGAGAGAAGAUUUACAUUGACCAGCUGGCUUAUGGUGCACCUAGGAGUUAUUAUGCUGACAAUGGUGAAGAGAUCAUCAUACAGACAGACUCCAGGUCCAAUAUCCCCAGUGGACAAAGAACAACCUACAUCAUGUUUGGAGGUGUCAGAGCGCAAGUUGUACACUCAGAUAUUGGGGCCACCAAUGGUGUCAUCCACAUUAUAAGCUCUCUACUUUUUAUACCAGAGGACUUAAACAGGGACAUCAGCGGUGCGGCUCAACAUAAGUUAUCGGUACAUUUUGUGUUAACUUUCAGUAUACUUGCAAUAAUUAUCUCAGCCUUAAAAUUGUUAACAAACUUGUAGAUAUUCUAUCAUUAGAUCUGUUUCUUUUGCUGCACAUAAAACACUAUAAGGCAUUUGUACAUAUUAUGGUUGUAAAUUGGCCCUUCAUUGGACAGCUGUACAUUUUUCUUACCAGCAAAUUUUAAUAACCAGCCUAGUUAGGAUGAGUUUUAGGUUUUUAAUCAACCCCUAAUUUUAGAUUUUAGUAAUGCCAAAAUUUUGUCAGCAUCCAACUAUCUUCUACUUCUUUUUAUCCUCAACUACCCACUACUAAGUUAAAUAUGUAAGGUUUCCUACUUUAUUUAAUAAUGUUUAAUUUAUGACUACUGUAAAUUAUGCAUAUUUCAAACUAGUAAUACUUACACAGCACUUACAUUUACAUCAUGAAUACCAUACAUGUCUGGAAAAAAUGCAACAAAUUAAUUUUAUUAUAUGGAAACAUUUUCCCCACUGAACAUGUAUAUUUACUUGCUGGGUUAUUUCUCUUAGACGUGUAGUUAGUGUUGUAAUUGCAAACAUAGUGUUUAAAUAAUAUGGGUUCUGUGUUUAACAAAAUACAAAUUAAAAUCAGCUUGUAAAAUUUAUUAUCUAACACCGCAAUUACACUUGUGACAUGUACGCUAUACACAUCUAGAAAAAUAAACUUUGCCAUAAGUU